AUGCGCGCCUGGAUUGGCUGGGCGCUCUGCUUGUGCGCAUCUUCCGCGGCCGUGAGAGUCCAGGACGACCCCGAGGACGACGAGAUGAUCUUGGAUCUGAUCCGAGACGACGGGACUCAGCCCGAAACCGGAGCCGAACCCACCGUGGAGUUCCUCAAGUGCAACAAGGCAGCAUGGCGCAUGCCCGGUCAGUACCUGGUCAUACUGCACCAGGGGACGCACGAGUCUCAGGUCCAGAGGACCAUAAGGAGGCUGCAAGCCAAAGCGGCCAGGAGAGGCUACCUGGUGGAGAUCCUGCAGACCUACUCUGGAGCUCUGCAAGGCUUCCUGGUCAAAAUGAGUCAAGACGUCCUUCACUUGGUAUUGAAGCUCCCUCACGUCCUCUACGUAGAGGAGGACUCCUCCAUCUUUGCUCAGAGCGCCCCUUGGAACCUGCAGCGGUUACUGCAACCUCACGGUGAGGCUUCUGUAAACGGAUCCUACUGGCCUCCGAAUGAUGGAGGGAUGGCGGAGGUCUAUCUGAUGGAUGGCAGUGUUCAGAGCUCCCACAGGGAGGUUGAAGGCCGAGUGCUCAUCACAGACUUCACGAACGUCCCUGAGGAGGAUGGGGUCAGAGUUCAUAGGCAGGCCAGUCAAUGUGACAGUCAUGGCACACACUUGGCGGGUGUGGUGACAGGAUCAGAUUCAGGCGUUGCUCGAGGUGCGGGGGUGAACCUGGUCCGUGUGCUCAACUGUCAGGGUAAAGGGACAGUGUCAGGAGCUCUAGCAGGCAUGGAGUAUAUUCGGGCCACUCUCCAGGCCCGCCAGGUGGAUGCUGCAGUCGUUCUGCUGCCUUUCAUCGCUGGCUUUAGCCGCUCGUUGAAUGCGGCAUGCAGAAACAUAGUGGCUCGAGGAACUGUGGUCAUCGCUGCUGCAGGGAACCACAGAGAUGAUGCCUGCCUCUACUCUCCUGCUUCAGAGCCAGAGGUCAUUACAGUUGGGGCAGUGAACUCAGCAGACCAGCUCAUGUCACAGGGAGCAGGCGGAACAAACUUUGGUCGCUGCGUUGACCUGUUUGCACCUGGUGAUGACAUUGUCAGUGCCAGCAGUGACUGUAGCACCUGCUUCACCUCCCGCAGUGGAACCUCACAGGCUGCUGCACAUGUUGCUGGUAUAGCAGCAGUUAUCCUCUCCGCCAACAACAAUGCAUCGCCGGUGCAAGUCCUGCACACACUGCUUCAUUACUCCAUCAGGAACAUGAUCAACUUCCUGCCUCUGUCUGAAACACAUCGCCUCACCACUCCAAACCUGGUGGCAGCCAUGCCCUCAACCAUCAAUCCAACAUUAAAUGAGGAGCUUAUGUGCCGCUUGGUGUGGUCAGAGAGGUCGAAGCUCUCAAACACUGACCGGGUAACGAGCCACUGCCGUGCCGGGGAGGAAAUGAUGGGCUGCAGCAGCUACGCUCCUGAUGGCAUUCGCGUGGGAGAAACCAUCACCGCGAGCAGCGGACACAUGGAGUGUGUUGCUUACAAUGGUGCAGCCGGUAACGGAGUGUACGCCAUGGCUCGGUGCUGUGUGAAAGCUGGUCUGCAGUGCCAGGCCCGAGCUAGUCCUGAGCCUGGGAAGGAUGCUCAGUGUGCUGACCCACAGCACCUCCUCACAGGAUGCACGACUUAUUCCGCAGCUGAGAUUUUGUCCGACUCCCGUCCUCAACAUGGACACAGGAAGCGCUGCGCUGUAAAGGAAGGAGUCACAUCACACGCAGUCUGCUGCCACGCUCUGUCUCUCGAGUGCCAUCUGUUGGAAAGCACAUCGGCCUACAAAGACCAGGUCGAAGUGUCCUGUCCUGAUGGCUGGACUCUGACGGACUGCAGUGCCAUUUCUCAGGGCUCUGCUGUCUCUGGAUCUGUUGCUAGGGGCAACAGCUGCCAUAUCCACAAUACCACAGGGGCAGGUGGGGCAACAGGUAUUGCCGUUUGCUGCCGCUUCCCGCCGCCACCGCAUCCACCAGCUACAACUCCAAACUGA